AUGACCGACAGAGAGGGCCAGGACCAUGGCCAGGACCACGGCCACGACCACGGCCACGAUCACAGUGCGUCUCCGCUGGAUGAUGCAACUGCCGAGAGGCCGGCAAAGAGGCCCCGGCGGAGCUUUGUCGCCUGCCGGCGAUGCCACUCACACAAAAUCAAAUGCUCUGGCGGCAAUCCGUGCCACAACUGCCAGGUCUCCGGCAGCACCGCUGACUGCGUCUACCCCAUGCGGGACCGCAAGGUGCUGAUCCAGGAGAGCUAUCUCAAGAAACUCGAAGAGGAGAGCCAGCUGUGGAAGGCCAGUCGCGGCAAGAUCCCUCAGACAUUGCAGAACAAGCCCACCACCGCUGCUGCUGAAGGCGAGGAAGGCUCCGACGUCAACCUGCGCAACCCCCUGAUCGAGGACCGCGCCUGGUUCGUCCCCGACAAUGCCUCGACGCAGCCUGUCUACAUCGGCGAGGCGGCGUGCACCGCGUUUGGCACGCGUCUGCGCCAGUUCCUCAGCGGCAACGAGCCCGUCACGCCGCUGUCGAGGCCCAGCUACUUCAAGGACCGGGCCCUGCUGCGCAUGUCCGAUCCGGCCUUCCAGCUCCCCAACCGCGCCUACGCGCAUCUGCUGCUCAAGGUCGCGCUGCGUUUUCUCGGAAACGACUACCAUCUGAUGCUGCGCAAGACGACGGUCGAGCGGAUGGAUGCGCUGUAUCGCGACCAGUGCUUCGACGACCCCGUCUUCCUCUGCAAGCUCUUUGCCCUCUUCGCCAUGGGCGAGAUGUACUCCAACCGCAGGCUCUCGUCGACCAAGGGAGCCGGCAUUCCCGGAACGGGCUUCUUUGUGCAGGCGAUGAGUCUGUUCCAGGAUCUGCAUGAGGAGGCGACGGUGCCGUAUAUCGAGACAUUGCUCAUUCUGUCGCUGUUUUCUCUGGCCCUGAACCGCACCAAUUCCGCUUAUACCUACGCCGGAAUGGCGCUCCGGCUCUGUCUGACGCUGGGCCUGCACCACAAUCUCCCGGAAGGGUACAUGAUAUCGGCCGUGGAGCGCGAACACCGCAUCCGCGUGUGGUGGAGCAUCUACACGAUCGACCGGAUCACCAGUUCCAAGCUGGGCCAUCCCGUCACCGUCAGAGACAGCGACAUCGACGUCGAUCUGCCGUCGAUGGAGCGCCUGACGCCCAGCGAGCGGGAGGAAUUCUCCGAUCCGGCGCAUCUGGUCGCGCAUCUCCGCCUGGCCCGGAUCACGGGCGACAUCAUCAGCGACAUCUACGGCCGGUCGGGCCAGAACAAGUCGUUUGUGCAGAGCGUGCACAAGAUCCUGCGCAGUUUGCGCUCGUGGGCAGAGACGCUGCCCGAGAGCGUCCGCAUCUGCUCGAGCAAUCCGCAGCGAUACUCGUCGCGGAACGUUGCGUCGUUGCAUCUGUGUUUCAACCAGUGCGUCAUUCUGACCACCCGCCCAAUCUUCUUCCACGUCUUCAAGUCGCGCUUCCAAGACGAAGCUUCCGUGCCAUCCCCCAUGACGAACGCGCUGGCUGACGCCUGCAUCCACGCAGCGCGGAGCUCCAACAGCCUGCUGACCCAGCUCUGGGUCGACGGCGGGAUGGCCAUCUUCGGGUACUUCGACGCGCACUAUCUCUUUUCCUCAACGAUCAUCCUGAUGAUGUCGAGCAUCCUGCGCCACAGCGACGCGGACCGGGACCGCGACGCCGUCGAAACAGCGUCCGACAUUAUGCAGUCGAUGGUCCACGACGGCAAUCUGCCGGCGGCAAGCUUCUACCAGCAUUUCUGCGAGAUCCGGAAGAUUAUGCAGGAAUUCAACGAGCGGGGGAGCUGCGUCGGUCAAGCAUCAACAUCUGCAUCUGCAUCGGCAUCUGCAUCGGCAUCUGCAUCCAGGAUGGUUGCAUCAGCAACAGCCCCAGACUCCACUCCCGGCCAGGUACACGACGGACAGAGCGUUUUCCUCGUCCAGUCGGCGCUGGACGACCCUUCUAUUCAGAGCUUCCUGACGCAGCCGGAUCUGCACUGGGGGUUUCCGACGGCCUUGGAGACGACGGGCGAUACGGCGCUGUCUGCGCCGUGGCUGUUUGAGUAG